AUGUCGCCGCGGCCGUCCUCGGGCUCCUGCGCGCGCGUGCGGCCGCCUCGCGAGCUGGUGGCCGCGUGCAUGGACCACAUCGCGCUCGAAGGCAGCGCCGGCCUGUCGGUGGCGUCGCUCUUCUCCAGCGUGGACCCGGCCGAUGACGCGCACGUGCGGCGCCAGGUGUGGCGGCUGCUGCGCUCGAGCCACGGCGUCUUGCGCUUCUUCCGGGGCGCCGCCGCCCGCGCCAGCUCCACAGAAACGCCCAGCAAGAAGCACAAGCGGCCCGGACCCGCUGCCAAGGAGCAGGACGCCGUGGAAGUGAAGCGAGAGAUACUGGAGACGGCUCAAGUGCGCGACCAGGCGACGCUGCUGACGGCCGAGGAGCUGGCGCGCAUGACGUACGAGGAGGCGGUGGCGCAGCAGACUCAGACUCAGGAUCAGGUGCAGGUCAUGGUCGCGGCGUGCGAGGAGCUGCGCCAUCGCGCGCUCAACAUUCCGGUGCGCGCCAUCGCCGCGGACUUGGGCGACGAGCACCUGCGCAUCCUCGAGGCGGUGGGCAACGCACGCGUGCUCGGAGUGACCGUGACGACGCUGACCAAGCUGCUGGGCGGCGGCACCGUCAAGCGGCUGCACAACUGCCUGGACACGCUCAUCUCGUACGGACUCGUGGUCAAGCGCAUGAUGAUCGUGGCCCGCCCAGCCAUGCGCCGCCUCAACAUCAUCCACCUGCCGCGCUUUGCGGCCGAGUUCAAGCCGCAGAUGUUCGACGAGUCGGCCGACUUCGAGUCGGACGACCAGAGCAAGAAGAUCCUCUGCGCAGCGGCGGAGACGUAUCUGAAGGGGCUGCCCACGCACUCGUCCGUGCUGUCGGACCUGGGGCGGGACCUGAACCUGCACAAGCGCCACCUCGAGGUGCUGCGCUCGCACAUUAUGCAGGAGUGCAAGGUGGACGAGAACUUCCCGCUGGAGCUCUUCCAGGCCGUGCUGCAGCCCUCGCGACGCGCCAGCCUCGAGCCGAAGAUUUUAAAUUGCGUGCGGUACAAGCCGCCAAACUCCCGGAGGAACUCGAAUUAUCGCCGCGUGAAGCUGGAACGGCCCUACACGGUUCGAGCAAAUAAGGCUUUGAAGGUGGCGCUUGGCGGGGCGGAGGUUGACGGCACAAGUGCUCGACGUCGCGAGCACAUUCUGGAGCGCCUCGAGGACGAAAAGAUCAUCAGUCUGUCGUCGCUGCGCGCCAGUGUAUUUAGUAUGGAGACGGAGCGCGCGGAGAUGAACGCGUCUUCGAACACAGGUGGAGAGGGUGCAGGCCACAGCAAUGGGGGCAGUUUAGUGUCGCCGGCUGCAGUGGGGAAAGUGGACACACGGUCGAUUUUUCGCAUCGCAACGGAACUGGAACUGGCGAAAAAGUUGCGACUGCUGCAGCUUCCGUUGCCUGCCCGUAAUGUUUCAACUAAAUUCCGAGCGCUGCGUUGCGUAGUGGCGCCUGGAUAUGAACACAACGACGUUUUCAUUCAAGGCUUCGUGAAGAAUUACUGUCGCGAUGAGCGUCUGAGGAGAAUUCAUCGCAAUGCCGACAAAGGUGAGGUGGUUCGUUUUCAUAAGAUUGGAGGUGACAAUAGUGAAGAAGUGGAGCAAGGGUCAGCCCGAAAGAGACGCCGGACUGACCCAAGGAUACCUCUCGCAAGAACUGAUGAGAUCAAGGCGCUGGCUUCAGACUCGGACGAGGCCAGGGAGGCCGGGCUGCAAACCAUUCGGCAUGCUUCUGACAUUGAGGCUGAGGUCAGUGACCCGGCUUCGCCAACGCGGAAUGAAAUCAGCUACAAGAUCCGGCGUUUCGUCAGCCAGCAGAAGUCAGGCAUUCACAACCAGCAGUUUAGGAAGCUCGGGUUUGCGUACGGUGUGAUGUAUCGAUGUAAAGCUCUACACCGGUUUCUGUGGGACGCUUUGCAUAAGCACGGGUCGAACCUUCAGCUCCCCGGUGAUGGCAAUGACGGAUCGAUUGAAGACUUGAACGACGGCGACGGCGACUGCGAUGGGUCUGGAACUUCGUCGGGUGAGCCGGGAUCUGCUUUGCAGGGGAUUGUUUUCUCGCGCGAAUCCGUUCUGCACUCGAUGCCCGUGCACUUGUACAUUCAGAUUUUCUCGGGUGGCGGCAUUUUGACAGAUGCUGAGUUUGCUGUAGUGGAAGAAGCCAUUGCGCACCAGCGCACGUUCGACGCUCUCCCGGAGGUACUGCGUGAGAAGAUCUGGAGUCACGAGUCCCAGCGGACGGCGAAGGUAUUGGGUACUCUAGCAGACCUGGGUCUGGUGCUUCCUCACAAGAUUGGAAUGAAACACCUUGUCAAGAUCCUUCGAGCCGGGUACACGGAUGGACGAGAUGGUGUGCUGUCCCGGGCGUUGAAGGAUAAUGCCCUCGGCGGCCUCUUUCGCUUCAACAAGCAGGUCCGAAUUGUACUGGAUGACAACGACAAAAACGAAAGCUAUUUAUCUCCGGGUGAGCCAGGUGCACAGCGCCGCGGGGUGAACGAACUCGAUUCAAUUCGCAUCGUCGGAUUCACGGAGAAGACGUACAGCUUCGCGAACACGCUGCCAUUGACUUUUUCGUUGGAGUCCGGGUGCGAUGUCGAUCGCUAUUGGGAGGCUCUUGAGUGUCUGUGCCUCGAGCAGAUGACUAUGGAAGUGGAGAACCCACGGAAAAACGAGCCGGCCGUCUCCGAGGUCCCGAAGCCGAUUAAAACGCGUGCUCGACGAAUGCAUCGCAUUCUCGCUUGGAUACCGAAGUCGCGCAAACCUCUGCCCAAACACAAGCGCGAGGAUGGCGAUGAUGGACCCAAUUUUACGAGCAGCGGUAUUGUAUCUUCUAAUUUCCGACCCCGUAAGAAACGACGACUGGCUCAGUCUGGUGAGAAUGGGACAGCAAGUAAUGGUGCUGUCGAGGUGAGAAGAAAGCAUAGGAAAAAGCACCCCGAUGACGAAACGCAGUCAAAAGCGGAGGCUCUCACGUGGACAGAUGAGCACGAGCAGCUUUUGGUCGAGUACUUUAUUGACAGCUCCAAGAGUCGGUGGAAAGUGAGCAUUCCUCAAGGUUUGCAGCGUGAGAAGGAGCAGGUCGCCUUCCGGAACCAUACAAUCUCGCGAACGGGCUUCGGUCUCGUGGCCAUCGCACGGAAGCUGGGCAAACGGAAGAUCGACGUGAAGAAGCGCCUCAAGGAGAAACUGAUGGAGCCCGUGGUGAAGCUGUUGUUUGAGAACGCGAAGCGGGCAGCGGAGCUGUCUGACAACCCUGGGGGGUUGUUCGAUGAGGAGAUUGCGAUUCAACGAUCCACCAGGCUCACUGCGCUCUUUCGGCGGGCGAUAAUGAUGAUCGUGUCUCCACGAGAAGAGUAUCAUCCGCUCGUCGCUGAGGAGUUGAUCUCGUUCUGGACCCCGCACGAGAUCCGACUGGUUUGGCGGUACCUCUGGCUGAAGAAUUGGAUUGUUCGCGCUUCCGAGAAGGAGCGAGGUCGCGGCUAUUCUACUAGCCAGCGCUUGCAAGACUCACUCAAGGUGACCACGUUGUCGUACCCGCUGCUGCUGUUUCAGCAGGCUGCAGAGCAGGAGAGUAUGGUUAGCUCUACGCUGGAGGAAAUCUCAGCGGGCAGGCCGGAGUCAAGUGAAAGGAGACCGCGUAGUGCCUCUGUCGGUGGACCUCACAACAGUGAUCAACUCUUCGAGGAUGACUUCCCGACGAACGCCACGCCUGGCCAGUGUGCUUUGGAACUGGGCUGCCAAGUGCUUGGUACGUGCUCGCUUACAGCAGUUCACACGACAAUUUUCGAUGCGGACGCGGACGGCGAUGACGCGCUGGCAACGCAGCAAACGAACGGCAAGAGGCUUCCUAGCUCGACGAAGAGAGAAAGCCUCUUGACCUGCAAGAGCCUGAAAGACAGGUCUGGCUUUGCCGCGCACUUGGCCAAUAAGGUGAACGUCACGAAGGCGUCGGCUCUAAUUGACAGUUGGCGAGUGGAGACGAAGAUGCACGCGGUGACUGUUGACGACUCGGAGCUGCUGAGCGCCUGCGAGGCGUUUUCAAUGGAAGACAGCGACGAUAGCGCAGUUGAAUCCCGCCCGUCGGAGCAAGCGUUAGCGCAGGCAGUGGUUGCUCACGUGCGCGAGAGCGGCGAAGAAGGACUGACACUGCCAGCUCUGGUGGAGAAUCUGCGCUCAACCACCGACGACGAAGCGCGCGAUGCCCUGCAGAUGCGUGUGGCCGCGUGUCUCGACUCGCUGGUUGACCAGGGGGUGCUGAUCUGCGUGAAUGCCUACUACGACCAGCGCUACAUUGUCAAGGAGCACUGCGACGUGUGGAUGCUGCGGCCGUUCUCGCUGGUUCCGAGCACCAGUUCACUGUCGACGCCCCAGGUUGUCUUUGAAGGCGAGAAGGACACGCUGUCGUUCCCGUGGCUCAAGAUGGACGGCGGAACCAACUACAAGUUCCUGUUCGCGAUCCAGCGCAAGUUGCUGUCGCUGAUUCUCCAGACGCCAGGGAUCACCGAGACGCGCGCCCACGCCAAGAUGAACAAACUGCUGUCGCUGCAGGAUACGCGCGAGGCCAUGUCGUUGCUGGUGGAGGAAGGGCUGGUGUACGCUCGGGCGGUCACGCUUCCUCCUGCCAAGCCCACGAGUCUGUUCGCGAUGCCGGCCCAACCUUCCGUCCCCAAGGUCGUGAAGCUUAUCGGCAGCGUGCUGGCCUAUGACCGCUCCAUCUUCGAAGUGCGCUACUUCCCCCACAUCGAAUGCAUCCAGCGCUUUGGAAGCAUCGUGCAGGACUACCAGAACGAGGUGUUUCAGAACGACUGA